AUGCCUGGCGGUGACAAGCCCCACGACGACGGCAAAGACGGCAGCGAUGAGCUGCUGCCCGCUGCGCGGCGCAGCGGCCGCUGGCGCAAGUCUCAGGUUUUCUCGCGUUUCAAGCGCGCGUACCACGGCCUCCGCAGCGGCCGCCGCACGCGCCUGCUGAUUCGGCCAGGGCUGGUGGUCUGCUGCGGCCCCCUCUUCCUGGCCGCCGUGCUGCCUAUCGUCUUCCCCACAUCCGAGACCCACAAAUGGCAGAACAUCGGGGGCAGCGGCCGCACCGCCGACGUGUGCAUAACCCCAGCAGGACCUGGGGCGCCGCCAUCGCAGGCGGUUGCGGGCUGCGAGCGGUACCAUGAGUCGCUGACGCAGGAUCCCGGCGGCAGGAGCUUCACGCACCUGAACAACGCGCCCGAUGCCAUUGUGGCACGUGGAUG